UUUCAAUUCACGCUUCAUUAUUUUUUUUUCUUUUCUUUUUAAGUACAUACCAUGUCAAACAACAAACAACCUCUUGAAGGUCUCACUAUUCGUAUUUGGGAUGUCGAUAACAAGGAUGACAAAAAGAAAGGAAGUGAAGGCUUCAGAGAAUACACUGAGCAAAUAGGUUCAACUGAUCUCAAACAUACUGUACAUAAAUGGGAUAAGAAAGAAAAAAAGCAAGAUACUAAACAAGGCCUAAAGAAGUCAACGCGUGAUUGGGCAGCAGAAGACAAGAAAUUAAACCAAGUACAAGAAUUAUCGCUUGUCAGUCGAUCUGAUAACAAUGACAGUAAUCAAAGCUUGAAAACGGUAGCAUUACAACAUGAAUUAUGGUCGUUGAUCUUAUCCAAGGUCUCUGUCAUUCAGGAUGCCUUUGACAAGAAACAAUGGGACCCUAUUGUAGAUCUAUUACGUAAACUUCGAGAAGGUGUCUAUGCUUCUCAUUGGAGUGAAGGCAAUUAUGGAUUUGCUAUCCAAGUAUUUCAACUCUCUAUUGACUGUGCUAUUAAAGCAGGUCGAUAUGAAGAACUUGCUAAAUCCUUGGUUGGACUGAUAGAGAAUCUCUAUGUGGUUUUAAAGCAACCUGUUUCCCCUUAUUAUGUUGUUCUGGACAUUAUCUAUCACUGCUGCUACCUUCGAAAUGUCAAGAAAGCGAAUUAUCGUACUUUACUUCUCUCCUUAGACACAAAUGAAGGUAAAUUUGGUAAAUCAUUGAUCAAGUCUAUCGUGACUCAAAACCCAAUUCGCUAUUUUGAACAUUACCACUACAAUCCAUACCCUACAUUUAAAAUACUGAUGAGUCACUAUAAUGACACAAUGCGUGUCUUGGCCAUUGAAAUGCUAUGUAAAGCCUAUAUGUCGACCUCUCUUGCUUGGGUGGGGAAAUGGAUAGGCAUUUAUCAUGAUAAUGGACAAGUACUGAAUGAAAUGGAGAAAUUAGUUCAGCCAAGUUGUAUCAAAUCUGUGGAUUAUGAUCAUCAAAUUGUAUAUCUUGUAAAAAAGUCAAAACGAUAAAAUAUUUAUUUCACAAUUAAUGCUUUAUUAAAUACUCGGUCUAUACCAUGAUGUAUAUCUAUAGAGAGAGAGAUUAACAGACUUCCACAAGAGAGGGGCUAGAUGGAAGCCUUAGGAAUGCAGCUUGAGAUCUUUUGACGAAAUUUAUAUAGGUCUCUCUCUCUCUCUCUCUCUCUCUGGAAAGGAGGCGUUCUGUAUGUAACUUACUACAAAAAAAAAAC